AAGAUGCGUCGUUUUGUAYKUUUACUUGAGCAAYUGUUAAUCAUUGGAAUUGUCCAGUCGAAGGGUUUUAACGAAGGCAACCCUGAAUAUCGUCUCUUCAAGCAUUUAUUCACCAAUUACAGCAAAUCGGUCCGACCCGUCAGGAAUGUGACGGACGUGGUACCAGUCAGUUUUGAUAUUGGAUACAGYCAGAUCGUCAACUUGCAUGAAAAGAAACAAAUCCUUAUAAGUAAUCUCUGGGUUCGCCUGCAAUGGCAUGACCCUUGGCUYACUUGGAAUAAGACUGAGUUUGGCGGCCUUGAAAGAUUAAACGUUGAUCCUGCCAUCGUAUGGAAGCCUGAUAUCAUGUUGUACAACAACGUGAACUCCGACUCCAACGGCGAAAUGUACCUCUUUACGACCAAGGUUCUCCUGUAYUCAACUGGUAAAGUUCGUUGGCUGUCGCCUAUCCAAGUACAAAGUGAAUGCAAGAUCGACAUCACUAACUUUCCUCUWGAUGACCAACAGUGUAAACUGGAGUUUGGUUCAUGGGCRUACGAUGGGCAUCAGUUAAAUCUGACCAAYGCUCGYGARACAGCAGACCUUUCAAUGUACACGACUAAUGGUGAAUGGGAAAUGCUGUCAGGAGACUGCGAGAGGAAGAUUUCGUAUUUCUCGUGUUGUACAGCGCCGUACAUCACCUUGAUUUACAAUUUCCACGUCCGCCGUCGUGCCUUGUUCUAUUUCAUGAAUUUGAUCCUUCCUUGUGUCUUGUUGACGUUCCUGUCUGCGCUUACGUUCAGGUUUCCUCCCGAGUCUGGCGAACGCGUUUCUUUGACUAUCACAAUCCUUCUUGGUAUGACAGUCUUCAUGCUAAUCUUCAUCGAUAACAUUCCACCUACAUCUGAAGUGGUUCCACUGAUCGGACGSUACUUCUCCUGCUCUGUCAUCAUUAUGGGUUCAUCGCUGGUCGCUACUUGUGUGUCUUUGUCUUUUUAUUAUAAUAAACCGUCCGAUAAGAUCCCGUUCUGGUUGCGCAUCCUUACAUUCAGAUGUCUUGGUCCUAUUUUCGGCUUGCGCCCUCCGAAGAAGACGCUCUUGAUCAACGAUAUUAARACACCAAGAGAACGACGAGGCUCAACCAAAAACUUUUUCCUCAAUGACGURCAUGAGAGGCGACGUMGACAAAGYCAACAGAAUCAAAACAUYGCAGUUAGGAAACUAGAAAACACCUCCAUGUUAAGCCAGAGCACAAGUUUCCCAAAUAAUCUCGAYAAAGCACAYCAACCAGUAAUUCAAGUUUUUCUGGAUUCCGAAGCUGCACGAUACCCUCCCGAACAACCUCCGAAGGUUUGCGGCUGCUGCUGUUGCUGUCGCGAAGGAGAGGCGACGGAUGAUAACGAAGUAGCGGAGAGAAGAGAGGAUUGGCAUUACGUUGCAGCCGUUGUGGAUCGAGCCUUUUUCUAUUUGUUUAUCAUUGUGAUUUGCUUAUGUGCAGUGGUUGUGUUUUGUCUCUCUCCUGCCAUAGAGAUGUUUUUCUGAGARAUUUCUUUUUAUUGGUAACCGACUCCCCAGCCUCCUUCACCAGCCGCCGCUGUGUAGUCACGCACGUAUUUCGCAGCUCUAAGAGAAUGUGAAAUCAAGUUUUCCUCUGUUUGUUGCAAGUCUCCUUACAAGUAAAGGUUUUGAUCUGAGCCUUGUUCUUUCAUAAGAAUCGUUCUUCUUGCCAACCACAAUCAUCAAUUACAAAAACAAAAUGGCGCUCGUGUUGCAUCGAAAGUACGCCACCUUUGCUGCAGUUUAAACACAUUAGAAAACAMAUAGCGAUGUCUAUAAGGAAAGCAAAUUAAAUUUUGAAUGCCGUAAAAGUAAUUYAAGCGACCAGAUAGUAU